AUGCCCGUCGUGGUAGGAGACAUCAUGAAGCUGCUCUGCUCCAUUUCCGAGGAGAGGAAAAUGAAGGCGGCCGUCAAGCACUCUGGGAGGGGCGCCCUGGUCACAGGGGCCGUGGCCUUCGUCGGGGGCCUGGUUGGAGGCCCACCCGGGCUAGCUGUUGGGGGGGCCGUCGGGGGUCUAUUAGGUGCAUGGAUGACAAGCGGACAGUUUAAGCCAAUUCCUCAGAUCCUAAUGGAGCUGCCACCCGCUGAGCAGCAAAAGCUCUUUAAUCAAGCCACCGCCAUCGUCAGGCACCUGGAGUGGAUGGACGCCGUGCAGCUGACCACGCUGGUCAUGGGCAGUGAGGCCCUGCAGCAGCAGCUGCUGGCGAUGCUGGUGAACUAUGUCACCAAGGAGCUCCAGGCCGAAGUUCAGUACGAUGACUAG